AUGGAGCGCGGCUCGAAGACCAGCCAGAAGAGUCGGGACUCCACUAGCGAUGCCUCGGAAGACUCUCUGGACACCUUCGAGGCCGCGCAGCGGCAGGGCAUGCUCACCCGUGAGGAGAUCGCCAAUGCUCAAGUCAUCGAUCCCGAGCUCUUCACCAAGGGCAGCUUCUUUUGCUCACUCUCUGCGCUUUUGGCCGUCGUGGGCCUCGUAGAAAUGGGUCUGGAGACGGACUACCGCUGCAACACCGGACGAUGUGUUGGGGACGAACCUCUUUGGGACUUGCUGAAUCUGAUCUUCACCAUCCUGCCCGUGGCCGAGAACGGCCUGCGCCUCUGGGAGGCCAAGCCGCGAAGGUUCAUCAUGGGCGACAAGACAAAGGUCAAGUUCAAGCUGGACUGGGCGAACUGCACUGAUGCGCUGCUGGUGCUGCUCAGGAUUCUGGAUGUUUGGGUGCUGAGUCCCCUGGGGAUCGACUCAGGUCUGCGCAUGGCGACCGGGUUCAGGAUCCUUCGCAUCGGCCCAGCUGUCAAGCAUUGGCAGGCGACCAAGGAGCUGCGAGAGCUUUGGAUCGUGAUUGGCGCCGUUUCUGAGACGUUCAAGACGCUCAUCUGGGUUGGGGUCAUGCUGAUUUUCGUGAUUUGGACCUUUGGCAUCUUGAUCACCAUGUCUCUUAUAGACCGACGGGGCGAGGAGUUCAACUUCACGUCCUCCACAUGGACCUUCGCCGACUACUGGGGCAGUGUGCCACGAAGCGCUUACUCGCUCUUCCAGGUUGCCACCAGAGACAGUUGGAUUUCUGCCAUGGUGGCGCCGUUGAUAGAGACUGAGCCGCUGCUUCUGAUCAUCUUCGGCUUCUACUUCUGCAUCGGAUCCCUGGCGCUGAUGAAUGCCAUCAUCGGUGUCGUCGUCGAGUGCACGCUGUCUGCGGCGAGGGCCAGCACCGAGAAGGAAGAAGAGGACAAGAAGAGGGCAGACACGCUGGUCAUGGAUUCGCUGCGACGGAUCUUCCACGAGGGUGACACCGAUGGCUCCGGCGAGCUGGACAUGGAGGAGUUGCAUGCUUUGGUGCACAAGCCGAAGGUACGAGAUCGGCUCAAGAUGCUGAAAAUGCCUUUCAGCGAUCUUGACCUCCUCUUCACCUUGCUGGACACGGAAAGCAAAGGGACGGUGAACACGGACAUGUUCUUCCGUGGCUGUGCCAAGCUGAGGGGCCCGGCAAUGGCCUGUGACUUGCACCAGCUCUCCAUCGACCUGAAGCACAACUUGGAGAGUUGCGACCACAACUCGGAGCGCAUCCGCCAAGUCAACGAGACCCUGGCGAUCGUCUUGGACCACGUGGACGAUAUGGACAUCAGCAUCAUGAAGAGCGAUGUGGAUUUCAAAGAUCCGGUCCUCGCUGCCCGACAGGUGCGGCCCAAGACCUCGAAGUCCGACAUCAUCCGGGGAAGGUGGCUGAUCCCCGUGGCCCACAAUGAGCAGAGCAUGUGGCUUGACCUGGAUCGCCAAGCCAAGCUGAACGAAGCCAAGGGCGACCUCGGCUCGGCCAAGAUCCACGCUUUGACCCCCCAGGUCCCCCAGGUCAAGGUCAAGGAGCGAGCUUUCCGCGACAGCAUAGACCAGCCACCGCCGCCGCCCAUGCCUUCACGUAUUCAGCCUCUCAAGGAUGUGAAGUUGUCACAGGUUGAGCAAGACCGGGCGAGGCUGAACAACCAGAUUGCAAAGGCGCUGCGGAAGCUCCAUCGCUUCGACUGA